GUUCGUUUUCGUUGUGCUGUAGCUUAAUUCUUGUCGCAUGUACGUGAGUACAUGUAUACAUAUAUAUGUACGUACACACUGCUGUGACGGGCCAACCUGGGAACGGCAAUGUCCGUCCGGGUUGGCGGUGCAGGUUGGCUGAUAUAACCAGUACUUAAGUAGGGACGAAGGACGAGCUGACCACCGCUGCGGCUGACCCUCCUCGGUCGACAUUUAUUUGACGUGUGUCCGAAUCUGUGUGUGUUGGUCAGCACGUGAGAGUUGCCCGCCAUCUCUCUCCUCUUUCUUCAAUGUUCCCUCUGCGUUAGAGCCAUCGAACGCGAGGCCAUGGCACCAGAAUCCAUCAGCACCGAAAUCGAAACACCAGUCACAGACAUGGCGGUGGGUGCCCUUGCCACUGGGCAGGAGAGGACAGAGUUUCCCUUUCCCACACCCCCAGCAUCUGAUGAUGGCGGCGGUGGGAAGAGAGAGAAGAAAGACGGCGAUGAUGGUCCAGGCGGCAGAGGAGGGGACGACGAUGGCUGUAAGGGCUGCAGGAAGAUACGACAGGACGAGGUGUGGAGGCUUCAACGGCAGAACAAGAGCAUUGACGCCAUGGCCUCCGAACCAAAACCGCCACAACCAUCGACCACCGCGCCCAUCACCAAUGGCUUCUCGCUGUCGCAUGACGAGUCCGACGCCCCCGUGCGCGUACAAGAGCUGAAGCACGACAGCUCCGUCCUCGCCCUGGCCGUCUCCGACAAGUACAUCUUUGCUGGAACACACGACGGCGAGCUGAUAGUCUGGUCGCUCGGCACCUUCGAGCUCGUCAAGAGGAUCCAGGCCCACAAGCGACACAUUCUCUGGCUGUUCCUCUCCGGAUCCUCGUCCUCCACCACCCAUUCCGAUUCCUCCCAGUCCUGCCCAGACUCGACCUCGGCCAACUCGAGGCCACUCUUGAUAUCAAGUGCCGGUGACGCGCUGGUCUCCGUCUGGUGCCCCGAGACCUUCACCCGCCUCUACGAGAUCUACAGCGUCGACCAUGUCGGCGAUGUCUUCUCCUGCGCCUACUCGAGCCAACAGGACACCGUCUAUAUCGGCGCACAAGACCAGUCCAUCCAAUGGGUCAGACUCAACGACCGCGAGCGUCGCGUGCCCCACAACAACCCCUCCCACCCCGACCAACGCCACCACCCUUUCUUCGAUUCCAAGGCGCCCGGCGGAGUUAGCACACCGAGGAGGAAGGACAAAAGAGAGGAGCUUAUACCAAAACCUGAGGCUACGCUCGAGAUAGAUCGCGGAUCGGUCGGCAAGUUUGCCCAUUUCGGGUUUGUCUACUGUAUGAUCAUCGCGAGGGGACCGACCGUCCUGGUUGACUCAGACGAGGAGGUCCUCAUAAGUGGCGGCGGCGAUGGGAGUAUCAAGUUGUGGCAAAUCAAGCAGGACGAAAAAUACGAUGGGUACGAGGAGUGGGAAGCCUGGGAGAAGCGCGAGAUCAUGUGUCUGCGUGGCGACGAUGACGACUUUGGCGAGUCUGUCUUCUCACUGGCCAUCGACGGUUCGUUCCUCUAUAGUGGCAAGAAGAAGGGCGUCAUAGAGCUGUGGGACCUCGACACGAAGCAGAAGCUCAGGGUGAUUAAGGGCCACCGCGGCGAUGUCAUGGCCCUCCAGCUGUCCUGGGGCUAUCUUCUGUCUGGGGCCACCACAGGGUCGGCAGCAAAACACAGCACCGUCCACUCUAGCAAGGACCAUCUCCCGCCACCGUCCAGUGAGAAGGUGAGCCAGAAAUACCAAUGUCUCAAGAGAUGGACGGCCCACAACGGCAAGGUCCUGUCUUCGGCCUGCACCAACUAUAAUGGCGACCAACUUUACAUCACUGGCGCCAACGACAAUUCCGUCAGCGUCUGGCGCAUCGAAGACGCGUGCGAGCAACCCGAGGACAUAAUCGGCAAGCCGGAGGAUAUGAUGUUCGCCUCUCUCCGAGAGUUCGUUUCAUACAAGACCGUCUCCUCCCGCCCCGAAUUCGUCGAAGACUGCCGGAGAGGCGCUAGCUUCUUGUGCAAUCUCUUCAAGCGACUAGGUGCAAAGGUGCAUAUGCUGUCUAGAGAUGACCAGAUACACAACCCCGUCGUUUGUGCUGUCUUCAGUGGGAAGCGCGAGCCGGCAGAGCAACGCAAGCGCAUCUUAUUCUAUGGCCACUACGACGUCGUGCCUGCCGAUCGUAAUGCAGAAAGCAGGUGGACGACGGACCCCUUCCAGGUUGAAGGAGUGAACGGUUACUGGUACGGCCGUGGCGUGAGUGACAACAAGGGUCCCACCAUGGCCGCCCUCUUUGCCGUAACAGAUCUCCUCGAGGCCAAGCAGCUCGAGAACGACGUCAUCUUCCUCAUCGACGGCGAGGAGGAGUCUGGCAGUCGCGGAUUCCAGGAGGCAGUGGUCGAGAACAAGGAUCUCAUCGGAAAGGUGGACUACAUCCUCCUGGCCAACAGCUACUGGCUCGACGACGAGACCCCAUGCCUGACUUACGGACUCCGAGGGGUCCUGCACGCCACCGUUUGCGUCGACAGUAUCUACCCUGACCUUCAUUCUGGUGUCGAUGGCAGUUACAUGGUCGAUGAGCCCCUUUCCGACCUGACUCGGCUUCUGUCGACGCUCAAGGGCCCCAGGAACAAAAUCAUGGUGCCCCAUUUUUAUGAUUCCAUCCUGCCGCUCACGGCUGCCGAGGAAGCGCGUUAUGAAGACAUCACCAAGAUCCUGAGCCGCCGCAACCCCGAGUCUGGAACAAUGGACCAACUCAAAGCCGGUCUCAUGGCACGGUGGCGGGAGCCAAAUCUGACCAUCCACAGGUACAAAGUGUCCGGGCUGGACGGCAGUAUCGUCAGCGGCCAUGCCAGCGCCACCAUCAGUUUCCGACUGGUGCCCGGGCAGGAAGUAGACGACAUCAUCGCAUCGCUCAAGUCCUUCCUGACGGAGCAAUUCGCCCAGCUUGAGAGCAGGAAUUCCCUCAGCAUCAAGAUCGACAACAAGGCUGAGCCAUGGCUGGGUGACCCAAGUAACCAGAUCUUCCAGACCCUGGAGGAGGCCAUCAUCAAGGUCUGGGGUCUUCGAGGCUCGACAGGGGAGCACGGCACCGUCGAGGUUCGGCAGAACUCACUCGGGGUUCAACAAUUCCAAAAGGCUGGCACUGCGGACAAGGGCAGCAUUUUUGGCGGGGGAUAUUCCGGGAUCCCUGACAUGGACGAUCACAAGAACAACUCCUUGUCCGUCGACAAGUACGACGACGACGACGAGCGCAUGUCUGCAGCGCCCACAUUGCUACCCCGCGGGUCGACAUCAACCUUCGGCCCGGCACCAUCAUCACAGUCCGCAGACGACGACGACAACGAUGACGACGACUCCUCCGCGCCGCCCACGCCCUCGGUGUCCGACUUCCCAGCCCCCGCGCCGCCCGCGAAGCCCGAGCCCAGCCCCGAAGACGCAAACAACACCAAGGCCAAAACCACCACCACCACCAACGAACCCGCCCCGGCCCCCGCCGUCGUCAGGGGCCGCAAGCCGCUGUACAUCCGCGAGGGCGGGUCCAUCCCCGCGAUCCGGUUCCUCGAGAAGGAGUUUGGCGCGCCCGCCGCCCACCUGCCGUGCGGCCAGGCGAGCGACGCGGCGCACCUCGAGAACGAGCGGAUCCGCCUGCUGAACCUGCUCAAGAGCCGGGAGAUCUUUGGGGAGGUCUUCCGCAGGCUGUGAUCGAUGUGGACGUCCGUUUUGUAUUGCUGACGUUUUUGCCAUGACUAACUAGUAUUUAUCUGGGCCGUCCGUCACCUGUCAUAAUUAUCCGGGCAUUUCAUGUGGAGGGCGUUUUUUUUUUUUGGGCAGCUCGUGAGUUGGGUGCAUACAUAGCGUUAGAUCUAGAUCCGUGAGCUCUCGUGAGUAGGAGUGUGGAUAGAGAGGGAGGGCCUGGCUGGCUGGGGUUCAAAUAUAGGUGGUUAAUAAAUACCGUGCAUCUA